GUAUAUGUUCGCUCCAAAUUUGAGUUCAUUAGCUUUUUGCGCUUUCUAGCACUGACACACAGGCAGCUUUCGUUGAGCGGUAGGAUUACGUUAUUUAGAUGUUUACAAAUGUGCAAGAAACAAAAACAAAGGCGACGACAAAUGAAGAAAUGCCAAUUUUGUCCGUAAUUAUCAGCGUACAAUUUAUGCUGCUACACAUACAGGCACUAAAUGCCGCUUUUGAGAUUUUCAAUUACCAAACGACCAAGUACACGCUUCCAGAACACUGGCCCCAGGAGCCAUCUGCAGCCGAUGCUGUUCCAACUGAACGGGAUCAGCAGGAUGAACUUUCGGAGAGCUCUUUGAAAUUCGACAAUGACGAUGAACAGCGUCCAGGACCGGCACGGACGCUGCAAGAGGGCGCCUUUUGCCGGCGAAGCUUUGACGGACGUAGCGGCUAUUGCAUCGUGGCCUAUCAGUGCCUCCAUGUUAUACGGGAAUACCGCGUGCACGGCACGCCCAUUGACAUUUGCACGCAUCGCAACAACGUGCCGGUCAUUUGUUGCCCACUGGCCGAAAAGCAUGUCCAGUCGCAACGGAUCAGCGCCACAAAAUGUCAGGAGUACAAUAGCGCCACUAAGGGACUGCGCCUGGGCGACACUGGACGCAGUUUCUCGGGCAAGCAGUGUGUGCCCAGCGUGCCUUUGAUUGUGGGUGGCACGCCCACACUGCACGCCCUCUUUCCACAUAUGACCGCACUGGGCUGGACGCAAAGCGACGGCGUCAUCAAAUGGGGCUGCGGCGGCACGCUGGUCAGUGAGCUUUAUGUGCUCACGGCGGCACAUUGCGCCACGUCGGGUAGUAAGCCACCGGACAUGGUGCGUCUGGGCGCACAGCAACUGAAUGUCACCAGCCCGUGGCAGCAGGACAUUAAAAUACUCAUCAUUAUUCUGCAUCCCAAGUAUCGCUCCUCUUCCUACUACCACGAUAUCGCCUUGCUGAAGCUGACCAAGCGCGCCAAAUUGUCUGAGCAUGUGCGUCCGGCCUGCUUGUGGCAAUUGCCCGAGAUGCACAUCAAAACGGUGGUGGCAACCGGCUGGGGACGCACGGAAUUCCUGGGCGCCAAGUCGAAUACGUUGCGCCAGGUGGAUCUAGACAUGAUACAGCAGCAGCGUUGCAAGCAAAUCUAUCGCAAAGAACGUCGACUGCCCAAUGGCAUUGUCGACUCGCAGUUCUGUGCUGGCUAUUUGCCGGGCGGCAAGGACACCUGCCAGGGUGACUCCGGCGGACCGCUGCACGCGAUUCUACCCGAAAACAAUUGUGUGGCCUUUGUCGUGGGCAUCACAUCAUUCGGCAAGUUCUGCGCAGCGCCCAAUGCGCCGGGCGUCUACACAAAGCUAUACGCCUACCUGGACUGGGUGGAGAGGAUUGUCUUCAAGAAGCAUUAGAUAAGAAUAAUAAUACAUAAAAGCUCAAUUUACUGCUAUUC